AAGCGGAAGUGUCGGUGGCGCGCGAGUAGGAAGUGGUGAUUCCUGGAAUAGAGAUGGCCGCGCUUGCUCCGCUGCCCCCACUCCCCCCCCAGUUUAAGAGCAUACAGCAUCAUCUGAGGACGGCUCAGGAGCAUGACAAGCGGGACCCUGUGGUGGCUUAUUACUGUCGUUUAUAUGCAAUGCAAACUGGAAUGAAGAUUGAUAGUAAAACUCCUGAAUGUCGUAAAUUUUUAUCAAAGCUGAUGGAUCAGUUAGAAGCUCUUAAGAAACAGUUGGGUGAUAAUGAAGCUAUUACUCAAGAAAUAGUUGGUUCUGCUCAUUUGGAGAAUUAUGCAUUGAAAAUGUUUUUGUAUGCAGAUAAUGAAGAUCGUGCUGGACGAUUUCACAAAAACAUGAUCAAAUCCUUCUAUACUGCAAGUCUUUUAAUAGAUGUCAUAACAGUGUUUGGAGAACUCACUGAUGAAAAUGUGAAACACAGAAAAUAUGCAAGGUGGAAGGCAACAUAUAUCCAUAAUUGCUUAAAGAAUGGAGAGACUCCUCAAGCAGGGCCUGUUGGAAUUGAAGAAGAUAAUGAUGUUGAAGAAAAUGAAGAUGCUGGAGCAACAUCCCUGCCUACUCAGCCACCUCAGCCAUCAUCUUCAACUUAUGACCCAAGCAGCAUGCCAUCGAGCAGCUUCACUGGAAUACAGAUUCCUCCCGGUGCACAUGCUCCAGCAAAUACGCCAGCAGAAGUGCCUCAUAGCACAGGUGUAGCAAGUAAUACUAUCCAACCUACUCCACAAACUAUUCCAGCGAUUGAUCCCACACUUUUCAGUACAGUUUCUCAGGGGGAUAUCCGUCUAACACCAGAGGACUUUGCUAGAGCCCAGAAAUACUGCAAAUAUGCUGGCAGUGCUUUGCAAUAUGAAGAUGUCAGCACUGCUGUGCAGAAUCUACAGAAGGCCCUCAAGUUACUAACUACAGGCAGAGAAUGAAGCCUUUGUACAGCAGAUCCAUGCAUUUUUGGCUUAAAGAACUAACAGUCCAUUACUCGAUCUUCAGCCUAUCAGGAGCACAGUUUUAAGGAAGACUUCAGUUGCAUUGACUAUAACAAUGAAAUCUGUGUCUGUGUAUCAGAUUCCUGUUGAAGCAUUCAGCAGCAGCAGCCUCAACCAGUUUUCAUUGUCCAUUUAGUGGAUCCAGUAAUCUCUGGGUAUAUAGGGCUGAUGUGAGCAAAAUCCUAAAAAUGCCCAUUGAUUCCUGAUUCAGAAAAUGAACACACGCUUCUAUAAAAUGUUACUGGAGUUCAUGUUGUAUCUUAAUAUACAUAAUAAAUUAAGGAUUUUUUAAAAUCAUAAUUAGGACACAGACUAUAUUACUUUGCUAUAAAAAUUCUAAAUUCAACUUUAAUAAAAAUUGCCAGAAUAUAUUAGAUUAAUGAUCAUGUUUUUGUUUUCCUCUGGGUUUAUAAAACAAAUAUGAACAUCCUAAACUGUUAGAUGAAUCUAAAAGGGAUUAUGUUCAGAAUUAAAUUUAUGUUCAUGUUUACUGUAACUACAUUAAAAGUUAAAAUUUUUAUGGAAGAAGAUACAAGGUAAAGAGGUAGAAUCACUUUUUUAGACUUAAGAAUAAUGUUGGUUUCCCAGCUGCUUUCUCUUUCCAUUGAAGCUUAAAGUUAAUUGGUAUUUAUUCAUAGGCAGUUUGACUGCAUGUACUAGGGAAUGAAAAAAAGACAUUUGUAGUAAUGCCUGCAAACUUGGUGCUUGAAGUGAAGGUUCUCCUCUGCUGCUAUGGAGUGGAUUCCAUAUGGUGUAUAGAUAGGAGCGAUGCAGAAGAUUAUAAAAAUUUAGACUCUCAGUUGUUAAGUUUGUACGUUUUGUGGGAAAUUACAGACUUACUGUGUGUCACCUGCAUUUGUGCUGUGUAAAAAAUAAAUACAAGGAUUCUUUUAACUUGUUCAGCUUAUUACAGAAGCAAAUGUGUUUUAAUUUGCAUGCUAGAGUUUGUCAUUUUUUUUAAGUCAUUAUGUUUAGUUACAGGAAUAUGGAUAUUUCUAUAGUAAAAAACAGUUUUUAAAAGGAAAGAGGAAAAUUGGCCAAAUUUCCCUGAAAUUUAUCUGUUUCCAUUUUGUUCAUCCCACUUGAAAUUGGAGUCAUUUAACAUCUUAGUCCACAAACUAUGUAGAGUCAAUGGGCAGAUCACCUGUUGUGUAAAUAAAGUUUUAUUGAAACAAAA